AUGACAAGUUUGAAGAUACCAGAUACUAUUAAAAAAAAAUCAUCUAGUCAUGAGAAAAAAAAUAGACUUCCUGAUCUUAAAAAUGACUUGGAGCAAUCAUUGUGUUCUAUUAAAAGUGGAUCUAAAAUAGCUGGUGUUGGUCCUCGCCAUCAAUAUAUCGAUGAAACAGCUGAAGAAGAAAGUUCCGAUGAUGAAUCUCAAUCAGAAGAUGAAGAAGAAGCACUCUUUGUUAAAGAGGAUCCUCCUGAAAUUGCAUCUGAGUUUUGGCAGCUUCAAAAACUCAUUAAAUAUAUCAAAGCUGGAAAUCAAACAGCUACAACUGUUGCUCUAUGUCUAUUAAAAAAUUAUCAACUAAGCAAUAGAUCAAUUCAACGUGCUAUUCGUGAAAUGGGUGGAUUAGAAAUUCUUGUUAACCUUUUAGAAACUAAAGAUGUUAAAUGUCAACUUGGUUCUCUUGGUGUUUUAUCACAAAUGGGAAAUUAUUCAGAAACUCGUCGAUAUCUUAUUGAUCUUGGUAUUGUUUCGCCACUCAUUCAACUGCUUAAGCAUCCAGCAAGAGAUAUCCGGAUAUCAACAGCAGAAACAAUGGCAAGCAUAGCAAUGAUGCGAAAAGCCAGAAAACAAAUUCGAAUUCGUUCGGGUAUUGCUCUAAUACUAGAUGCGAUGGAUAUCCCGGACAAUGUUUUACAUAGAAAUCCAGAAAACUUGAAUGAAAAUGAACGCCAACAUAUAGCAGUUGCCAUAGCUUGUGCUAAAGUUCUCAAUGCAUUAAGUAAUAGUCCUAAAAUUAAAGAAGAACUUCGAAAGCAUGGGGUGGUUUUCUUUAUGAGUCGUUUCCUUCAAUCAACCCAUAUUAAUUUAAUUAUUCCUAUUAUGGGAUCUAUUCAAUUAUGUGCUGAUUUGAAAGUUUUUCGAUUUGCAUUUGAGCAAAUGGGAAUUAUCACGGAUAUUGUUCGUCACUUAUGCAACAGUGAAUCACUUAGUGAUAAGCAAUCAUCAUCAAAUAAUCACAAAACUAAUACGAAUAUUGAAAAUACAUUAUCUGAUAAUGAAUAUCAAAAAAAUGUAAAUAAAAUGGAAGAUACCCUUUUUCAAAAUGAAAGAAUAAAACUUCAGGAAAACUGUGCAUUAGCUAUUUUUAAGUGUGCAGCUAAUAAAUUAACACGAGAUAUGGUGCGACAAUCGGGUGGAUUAGACCCUCUUUGCCGUUUAGUUCAAUGCGAAUAUAUUCGAUCAAAUAAGCGCCUUCUUUCUGCAGUUACUGGAGCUAUUUGGAAGUGUGCUAUGAGUCCAGAAAAUAUAACAAGAUUCAAUCAAAAUAGUUUAGUUGCUUCUCUUGUACCAUUACUCGAAGAAAAUGAGGAUGAACAAGUUCUUGCACAUGUUGUGGGUGCGUUAGCUGAAUGUUGUGUUGAUCCUGCUAAUAGACACGUUCUAAGGGUGAAUAACGGUUUGCCAAAACUAAUUAGAUUAUUGAGUGGAACAUACGAACCACUUCUUGAAAAUUUACCUUUAGUCAUAAAAGAAUGUGCUAAAGAUGAGCAGUGUAUGGAUGUUAUUAAUGAUUCAUCGCAUGCUCUUGAUGGUGUACGACUAAUGUGGUCUUUGUUGAAACAUCCUAGCAAUAUUGUAAAACGAAAUGCAUGUAGAGCAUUAGUGCCAUGCAUUAAGAAUGCUAAAGAUUCACCUGAAAUGGUGCGCGCCUUUGUAGGAGGUCUUGAGCUUACUGUUUCAAUUUUAGAUAGUGAAGAAACUGAAGUACUUGCUGCAGUUUGUGCUACUAUUGCAGAAAUUGCCGUUGAUUCUGAAAAUCUCGGUAUUCUCACUGAUCAUGGUGUUGUAAAAAAAUUAGCUAAACUUGUUCAUACGAAAGAUGAAUAUUUACGAGCAAAUUUAACAUUAGCUAUUGCUUUUUGCUGUGAAUGGGGACGUAAUAAUUAUGAAUUUGGAAGAUUAAAUGCGGUUGCACCACUUGUAAAUUAUGCUUACAGUAAAAACAAAGAUGUGUUAAAAGGAGUGUGCAUUGCAUUUUAUCAUUUAAGUAAAGAACCAUUAAAUUGUAUUACAAUGCAUACUUGUGGAGUUAUAAAGCAUGUAUUACGAUUAGUUGGAUCUGAUGAUCCUGAAGUACAAAUAGCUGCAGCAACAACUAUUCGAAACAUCAGAAAAUUAGCUCUUACUCCUGGAAAGUUGAACAUUGACAAAUAAUGAGGUGCUAUUUUUUACUUACUAUUUGUUGAAAAAUUAUUCAUUGAUUUUUUUGUCACAAAUAGACACAAGUAAGUUUUAUCAUGAUCUUAAUUGAAAAUUCGUAGUUCUGUUAAAACUUAUUUUUAUCAUGAAAUUGAAAUUUUUUGGCUGUAGAUUUGUUAUUGCAUAAUAUGACUAUAGAUACUGAAUUUUUACCAAACUUCAGAACUUGAAAUAUAUCAAUAAAGUAUAGAA